AUGGCUAUUGGUUUUAAAUCGGACAGCUCGGCUACUCCCCUUAAUUUGAAGACCGUGUCGAAGGGCUUUUGCUCGACGGAGAUGGAAAUUCAUGGGGAUAGAGAAGAAAUGGUAAUUGGAGACGGAGAUACCAACGCCAACGGGACAUCGAAACAUGUCACCACUACACCCUCGCCUCCACGCCGGAGACGCUUGCUUCUAUCGACCGAAAGUUCCUUUGUCGACAAUGUCCUCCCCUCCUUGGUACAAAAUCCCGAGAUCGAGUUACGGUUGAUCACAGACGAGCCUUCAGCGUCACUUGCGGGCAUGAACAAGGUCCCGCAUUACAUGGACACGGUGGAUAGCCAGACAUUCGAGAAAAAGACGGCUGCUCGGAGGUGGUUAAAGGCCAAGGCGGCAGAGCUUUGUGAAUGGGCUGAUUUGCUCCUGGUGGCGCCCAUCGAUGCUGGAACUCUGGGGUCAAUGCUUGGAGGUUUGACCAACACAUUGACUCUAGCCCUCUUGCGUGGGUGGAAGUCGUCGAAACCGGUUGUUCUUAUCCCGGGCAUGACUGUUUGUGAAUGGGAGCAUCCGCUGAGCAACAAGCAGCUCAACGAGCUUGAGCGAUUCUGGCCGUGGAUCAGUAUCGUUACACCAGUCCUGUUUGAAUCAAAAGGGCCUGAUGAGCUGGUGCAACUUCCGUGGGACGGGUUGAAGGAGCUUCACGGAACUAUCGAAGAGACACUUGGAUUUUCUUUCUCAAACGGCGCCUCGAAUCCGAGCAAAGCUGAUUAUGAAACGACCGUAUCGGCAGACAAGUUGGCAGGGACUAUCACCCCGAUUUCGCGACAAUCACAGCUUCGAUUCAAUGAAACAAAAGAGAACGGUGCACUCUCGUUACCGCUGGAGAUAUGGUUGAAUAUUUUCGAAGACAAUCUGGGAGACUGGGAGACCGCCAAGGCUGUUGGUAUCCCUACGAAUCUACCAGUUCCCAAGGAGUGGCAAUGUCAUCUCCUGAAGAUGUCGGCUCCCGCGUCACUAGAAUACACCAUCCUUCGAGGCUCAUUUGCAGCAAUCAAAAAGCGCAUCGAUGCCUUGCCACGUUGGAAACCACUCUCCGAUCUUGCCUGCCAUCUCAUCUUCAAGUUUUCACGGACCGACAUCCUCUCCUAUCUCACAGAAAACCACCUCGAUCUCCUCUGGACAACCUCCCGCCUAACAAACCUCCCAUACCGCGCAUCAGCAAUAUACGGCAAUUCCAACAUCCUCACCUGGUGGCGCGACGCACCCGCCCUACCCAACAAAGAAUACAUCGCCGACGCCAUGGACGGCGCCUCUCGCGCAGGCUUCCUCAGCGUCCUCGAAUGGUGGCGCACCUCGGGCCUCGAACUCCGCUACACAGAACGCGCCCUCGAAGCCGCCAGCGCCGAAGGCCGCGUCCACGUCCUGGAUUGGUGGAGAAACGCCUCCACAUCCGCACCCCCGACAAACCCCCUCCCACUCAAAGUAGGCAAAUCCGUACUCCUAGCCGCGCAGUCCGGCCGCGCCGAGUCCCUGGCUUGGUGGGACGCCUCGGGAAUACCUUACAGCCACGCCGAAUCCGUCGCCCGCAUCGCUAGCACGCACGGCCACGUGCACGUCCUGCAACUCUGGCACCGGUUAAAGGGCGCGAAGAUGAUCUUCGACUGCCAGGUACUCGUGGGCCCAACCAAGAACGGGCACGAUAAUGUGCUUGAGUGGUGGCGGCGGAGCGGGUUGCGGGUGGAGUUUAAGACGUGCGAUAUUGAAGAGGCGCUUGAAGAUGCGGAUCCGGUGUCUGGUGCCGAGGGGAGAGUCAGGAAGUGGUGGGCAAGGAACGGGUUGAAUCUGGGGGUCGGGACGAGUGAGUGGAUGAAGACGAAGGUUUUGUGUUCGUAA